AUGGCCGCUGCAGGAAGCACGAGUGCCGGUACAAUUUUGCAGAAACUUGGCUUGAAACCGAUUACGAAAUGUAGCCUCGUCAAAUUUUACGCUCCUGCUUUCGGUGUCGCCUCGUACACCGCGUUGUCUAUUAACGUAAUGAAUCCGAGCCUUGUCAUCAGGGUAUUCCCGAAGAAAGAUAUUACAAAUUUCUUAUUGGGAAGUGCUCUUCUUGGCACUGGUUCUUACAUAUACACCCGUGAUCACUUGAAAACUGCUCCCACAUGUGUAAAAAUUUUGUACAGUACUGCUGGCGCUAUAUUGCUGAGCUUUGGAUCAGUUUUAGUAUGGGCAGUACUUCGAUCUGUUGUACCACCUAAUCCAACUCUAUGUACAGUAAUUGGCAUCAGUUCUGGGCUUGCAUUCAUCAAAGUUGGUUCCAGUUAUCUAAACUUUGUUGAUGAACAGAUACCAAAGAAGUAG